GAGGGAGGGUCGGGGGUGCCGCCGCCAUGGUGGCGCACGACGAGCUCGGCGGGCUGCUGCCCAUCAAAAGGACUAUCCGGGUCAUCGACGCGCAGAACCAGCACUUCAGGGAGCAGGAGGAGCCAAGCACGAAACGGGUCCGGCCUUUAGCUCGAGUCACCUCCCUGGCCAACCUCAUCUCCCCCGUCAGAAAUGGGGCAGUUCGGCGCUUUGGGCAGACAAUCCAGUCGUUCACCCUCCGCAGCGACAGCAAAUCCCCUGGCUGUGCCCAGAAGUCCUGCAGCAGGUCUGCUGCUCCCACUCCCCCCAAGAGAAGGAACAGUGUCCUUUGGUCUGAGAUGUUGGAUGUGAACACCAAGGAAUCCCUGAGCACCAAGGAAAUCAAGCGCCAGGAGGCCAUCUAUGAAAUGUCCAGGGGAGAGCAGGACCUGAUUGAAGACCUGAAGCUGGCCAGAAAGGCCUACCACGACCCCAUGCUGAAGCUCUCCAUCAUGUCUGAGGAGGAGCUCACCCACAUUUUUGGGGACUUGGAUUCCUACAUUCCUCUGCAUGAAGACUUACUGGCAAGCUUGGGAGAAGCAACAAAACCAGAUGGAACCGUGGAGCAGAUUGGGCCCAUCCUUGUGAAGUGGCUACCCCGACUGCACGCCUACAAAGGCUACUGCAGCAACCAGCUGGCAGCCAAAGCGCUGCUGGACCAGAAGAAGCAGGACAGGAGGGUGCAGGAUUUCCUGCAGCGCUGCCUCGAGUCUCCCUUCAGCCGCAAGCUGGACCUGUGGAGCUUCCUGGACAUCCCUCGGAGCCGCCUGGUCAAAUACCCCCUGCUCCUCAAGGAGAUCCUGAGGCACACCCCCAAGGAGCACCCCGACAUCCACAUCCUGCAGGAGGCUAUAUCUAUAAUCCAAGGAGUCCUCUCUGACAUCAACCUGAAGAAGGGCGAGUCUGAGUGCCAGUACUACAUUGACAAGCUGGAGUACCUGGAUGAGAAGCAGAAGGAUCCAAGGAUUGAAGGCAGCAAAGCUUUGCUGUGCCACGGGGAGCUGAAGAACAAAAAUGGACAUAAGCUCUACGUCUUCCUCUUCCAAGAAAUCCUGGUGCUGACGCGGCCGGUGACCCGCAACGAGCGCCAGGCGUUCCAGGUGUACCGGCAGCCCAUCCCUGUGCAGGAGCUGCUCCUCGAGGACCUCCAGGAUGGAGAUGUCAAAAUGGGGGGCUCCUUCCGGGGGGCUUUUGGCAAUUCUGAUAAAGCCAAAAACAUCUUCCGAGUGCGUUUCCAGGAGCCCGGCCCGGGCCAGUCGCACACGCUGCAGGCCAACGACGUGUUCCACAAGCAGCAGUGGCUGAGCUGCAUCCGCGCCGCCGUCGCCCCCUUCCGCAGGAGCGCUGCCGGCCCCGAGCUCGCCGAGCUGCCCGAGCUGAGCGAGGAGUGCGAGGAGAACAACCCCAACAACGCCAACGAUCCCCGUGCGCCCGGCGCCCCGGCCCAGCAGCGCCAGGGAACGCCCCACGCGGAGCCGGAGCAGAGCGCGGCCCUGCCGGACUCGGGGGAAGCCGAGGGGCUCAAACCCCACAGGAGCUCAUCGGGGCACCGCAAAUGCAGGGAGAAGCAGCUCGGCGGGAAGCGGAAAGAAACGCUGGUGUAGCGUAAGGAGGCACGGGAGCCCCGCCAAAGGCGCCUGGGGUUGGGAAAACUGUUAAUUUAUAAAUAAUUAAUUCCGUGUACAUUUUGUACCGGGAGCGCUCGGGAGCGCUCUGCGGAUCAGAGCCUGGGGUUGUGUUGGAAUGGCAGCUACUGGUGUGCGGUCACUGUUGAGCUGGGGGCU